GCAUCACUCAAGAAUACACUGUCACAUAAGCAAAUACAUGAGGGUUGUGUAACUCGCACCCUCUGUGGUAUUGACAGCAUGACAGUGUCAUUUGAUUUACAUUUCAUCGAUGAUUGUAUUUGUUUGGCUUUCAAGCCAGCAUAAUCGUUCGGAGCAGAGACACAGACUGGAUACGUUAAUGCUGGCUAAACUAAACAGUGUGCUCUAUUUACCAACGCUACUGCUGGUUCGUUAGCCAGCUAAGCUAGCUAGCUAGCCUGCCAGUCAACAUAUACUUUGGCUAGUUUUUUUUAUUACUCUGUGAUAUUCCCCACAUUCCUAUUUCUAUCUUUUCUGUCGACUUAAAUAAAAUAAUGUCAUGCACAUGCAGAUCAGCGGCGAGAUUGUUCAUAACUUCUCAAAAAGGUAUCUCUUCCACCAGAGUCCAGUUAUUUUCUAUUAGCAGACCAGGAACACCUGAAGUCCGAUUAACCAGAAGAGUUCCUGUGAGAUCAUUCUCCGAAUCAUCUGUAUGUUUUUCAUCAAAAGAUGUCAAAGAUGGCUCCGGUGAUGGAGGAAAGAAAUCAGUUGGUGAUGCAGGAAGUGGGAAAAGAGGAGGUUCCGGGGGCUCCGGAAAAGGAGGCAGCCAGCUACGCUGUCCCAAGUGUGGAGAUGCCUGCACUCAUGUAGAAACCUUUGUGUCUUCAACCCGCUUUGUGAAAUGUGAGAAAUGUCAUCACUUCUUUGUGGUGCUGUCAGAGACCGACUCCAGCAAGAGUCUCAAUAAGGAGCAGGAAGCAGCCAACGAGGCCGUCAAACUGGCCUUCCAGCAGAAACCUCCCCCUCCUCCUAAAAAGAUCUAUGCCUACCUGGAUAAGUACGUUGUUGGACAGUCCUAUGCAAAGAAAGUGCUGGCGGUGGCUGUUUACAACCACUACAAGCGCAUCUACAAUAACCUUCCGGGCACCAAGCCACAGGCGGAGGUGGAGAAGCAGGCCUCCCUUACUCCACGAGAGUUGCUGCAGAUCGCUGGGAUCAAUCCCCAUGGCAAUGCGCUGGGUGCGUCAGUGCAGCAGCAGAGCCAGCAGCCUGCCCAGGAGAAGAGGGGGGGCGAGGUGCUCGACUCUCACCACGCCAACAUCAAACUGGAGAAGAGCAACAUCGUGCUGCUGGGACCCACCGGAUCAGGUAAAACCCUCUUGGCCCAGACACUGGCUAGAUGCCUGGAUGUGCCCUUCGCCAUCUGUGACUGCACCACGCUAACCCAGGCAGGCUAUGUGGGCGAAGACAUUGAGUCUGUGGUGGCCAAGCUCCUCCAAGACGCCAACAACUCUGUUGAGAAAGCACAACAAGGCAUCGUGUUCCUGGAUGAGGUGGAUAAGAUUGGCAGUGUGCCCGGAAUCCACCAGUUACGAGACGUGGGGGGUGAGGGAGUACAGCAGGGUCUACUCAAACUUCUGGAGGGUACUGUCAUCAACGUCCCAGAGAAGAACUCCAGGAAGCUGAGAGGUGAGACGGUCCAGGUGGACACCACCAACAUCCUGUUUGUGGCCUCCGGUGCCUUCAACGGCCUGGACCGGAUCAUCAGCAUGAGGAAGUGUGAAAAGUAUCUGGGCUUCGGCACGCCGUCCAAUAUGGGGCAGGGGCGUCGGGCGGCUGCGGCCGCAGACCUGGCCAACAGCAGCGGAGCGGAGAUGGACGCCGUGCUGGAGAUCAAGGAGAAGGACCGGCUCCUGAAGCACGUGGAGGCCCGGGACCUCAUCGAGUUUGGGAUGAUCCCCGAGUUCGUGGGGCGCCUGCCUGUGGUGGUUCCCCUGCACAGCCUGGAUGAGGAGACCCUGGUUAGGAUCCUGACGGAGCCACGCAAUGCUGUCAUACCACAGUACCAGGCCCUGUUCAGCAUGGACAAGUGUGAACUGAAUGUAACUCCAGAUGCCUUGAGAGCCAUCGCCAGGUUGGCUUUGGAAAGGAAGACCGGUGCUCGUGGGCUAAGGUCCAUUAUGGAAAAAUUGCUUCUUGAACCCAUGUUCGAAGUGCCACACUCAGACAUCAUGGCUGUUGAGCUGAACAAAGACGUAGUCCAAGGGAAAUCAGUGCCUGUGUAUGUAAAAGCACCUGCUAAAGAGUCUGAGGAGGAGUAUGACUCUGGGAUAGAGGAGGAGAGCUGGCCAAGGCAGGCGGAUGCAGCCAACAACUAACUAACUAACAGUCCAAAAUGGAACUUCAGAAAUUGCCAUCAUUUCGAUUUAAUAAGCUAUGGCAUUUUACAAAUACCAUUAUUGUAACUUCAAAUGUAACUAUGUAAUCUGAAUUACAUCAGUGUUGAUCAUGAUGAUGUAGGUUAUGCGAUUUCAUACAUCGGAAAAAGUUUGUUCCCAUAUUGUUGCAAAGGUUUAAGAAUUAACAUUAACCAAGUAUUCUCUACCCAUCUUUCCCAGCGAGAGAGAAAAGGAGAGAGAACAUUAUCCUGUUUAAAUGUAAAGAUACUUUUACUUUUUCUCAUAAAGUAGCUAGUGUCUCUUUGUGAUAAGUACUUGUUUGGGAAACCUUAACGGAAAUGGAUUGUAUCAAGUCCAAAAUCUAUUUUCUCUUAUUUCGUUUUGACACCAUUUUAUUUUUGACAGUCAAGGAUUAAGGUAAAGAUAGGAUACUUUUUUUGUUUUUGUUUUAACCACCAUGUCUUUCUGAUGCCAUGUAUGAGAUGAAACGUGUAAGAUAUCUGGGGUCGAGAUAGGGGGGGUGACUUGAAUUGAUCCCAAUCAGCUUUGAUAAUGUCACAUUUUCAACACAUUUUCCCAUUGUGGUUGUUUUUGACGUUUCUUUAUGGAAUUGUUUAGAACUACCUACACAUUUAAUGAAGCCAUGACAUCACUGGUAUUUUUAAAUGAAAACAUACCAGUCUUUAGAAAUGCAUUGUCUGAUUUGCUCAACACUAUACACUGAGAAACUGUUCAUUCAAUGCAGUUUCUUUAAAAGAAGCUGGGCUUUUUUGUACACUUUAUAUACAGGUAUAACGUUUUGAAAUCUCAGACAGUAAGGGCCUAGAAUCUAGAUAAUUUGCCCAAUUCCACUUUGACCCCUAGACCCUAACCCCUACGCACCUGUGUAGAUCUCAGAAGAUUUGAUAGGUGUUAGCAAUAUGGUAACAGUUUAGUCUUUCUCUUAUGGGUUUCUGUGAUGUUGGUUACACCCAUCCAAACCUUUCAAAUCUACACAAGUACAUAGACUUUGUCUUGGGCCUUAUGUUGCGUUCAUAACCAAGUGGGAAGGUGGUAAUUACCAGCUGUGAAGUCGUAAAAAUCAGUUGGAUGCAUUCACAUGCUUUGAACUCGUUGAGAAACGCUGAUUGGCUAAUGGCAAACAAGCUGUGUCAAUCAUAAACUAAAAGUACAGCUAUCAUGUUUGUAAACAUAUUAUGUGUUCAAAAACAUUAAUAGAUAAUUAUAAAUAUUAUAAAUAAUGUUUUACUGCAUGUAACUGCCUAAAAUGCUGUUAUCGAGGUCAUUUCCUUAGUGGGUGACGUCAGAGGUCAACAUGUGGGAGAAGUUGGCGCUCAGGGAUGAUAUAUGAGUUUCCCACUAGUAAUUACCAGUUGGAGGGGCGAUCAAGUAGGUUUUGUAUGUGGUAAAUAACACCUUCCCACUUGGUUAUGAACACAGCAUAAGGUCUUGAUUUAGAAUUGGGCAAUUGUGUGAUGUACAGUCUAUCAGAACUGAUGCCAUCUGUGUGGCAGCAACCCUAUUUUGCUCUGAAUAGUUGUGAACCUAUGUAAAUGUGAGACUAAUAAAUAUAUGAAUCACUUAAGAGUG